GUUAACUUCAAAUGAGUUGAACUGCAAUUGUGUGCUCGCUAAGAUUCGCUAACUCAUGAGUGUUGCGAGGAUAAUGCAACAAUACGAAAGCAAAAUAUUAAUCACUUACGAAACUUCAUGAAAAUAUUUCUUUCUGUGCAUAAAAAAACUGGAUCUCUUUUUAUAUGAGAAUUACAACAAAUUAAGCAAUUUACGAAGUGGUUGAGUCGACUGUACGUUUAAUUGAGCAAUUGCAGGCAAAGACAUUUGUUUCAUAUCGGAUGUGAGUCCUUAUACAAAGGUCCUUGAUGUUCUUUUCCUUUUUCGUGGAUAUCUAUGAAACAUAUGCGAUCGGAAAGCCAACAACCUGGUGCAAACUGUCAGGAAUCGAGUUCCAGAAUGGAUAAAGUACCCGGCAUUGUUAAAAACUACGACGAAAAAGUUGACCAAUUGAAAGAGAAAUUGGACAAUAAACGUGCAGCAUAUCGAAAAACUGAACGAUUGCUUAAUAAUUUUAGUACGAGAUUUAAGCAUGAGCCGAUAGAGCGAAGAGCGAGUCUAAAGGAUAACCUCGAAUCUGAUUUAGAAUCCUGUAGAAGAUCAAUCAGAGAAAUUAAGCUAUCUAUCGGAAAUUUUCGAACGGAUGCUCAAAACGAAGCUGCGGAGUCUGGUAUAACUGGUUGGAAUCCAUCGCUCCCGGAAGUCCAAAAUACAGAAACGAAUGCAAAAAUACAAUCAAGCACCUCUUUACAAACGGAUGUUGCAGAUUCAGGGAAAGAAGGAUUAAAUAUUUCAUCUAGGUUAGAUCCUAUAGUCACCCAGUUCGUUGCUAUCAACAAGGCUGAAGAUGAGGAUCACAAACCUUUGUCCGUUUUUCCAUCUAUUACUAACGAAACUCAACCUUUUCCGUCCAAAGAAGCAGCUAGUUCUAUUCUCCAAGAUUGGACGACAAUAGUACGAGAUGCUUGCUCAAGACUUUCCAAUACCGAAAUAAUCCAUAACGCCAACAACAUUUGUCAGUAUCUGCAUGAGCACCCCGAAAAAGACUGCCUUCCAAGAGCUUAUUACAUGCUUCCUACCCUUCAGAUCAUGCUUACACUUAACAUACCAGACGUUUCUGCUUGUGUGUAUCGCAUCAUAAGGAAUUUAUUUACAGAUCCUUCAGCAUUCGUCAUAUUCCAAUCACUAAAUUUGACUUGGUUGCUUUCAAAAUCUAUCAUAUCAGCAGGACCCACUUAUGAGGCGGAAAAGGCUCAGGCAUUUCGAUUAAUUCGUACGCUCUAUGCCUUUUCGUGUACUGAAGAACAUGAGCGUAUGCUUUUAGGAAUUACUCAUACGUUAAUAGCUAUAUGUGAACAUUCAUCAGAUGCGAAUAGAGGUAUCGCAAGUGAGACGUUGAUUGAAUUAAUGAUUUUAAAACCUCAAAUAUUGUUACGAGCUAAUGGGUUGAGAGUGUUGAUUUCUUCUCUUGUUGAUGGUUCCGUUUCAGAGGACUUAGCAGCGACUUCAGCGUUGGCCCUCAUUUAUCUGCUAGACAAUCCCGAAACUUGUCGUUAUCUGAGCUUACCUUAUGAUAUCGGAAUAUUAUUAUCACCAUUCACUUCACCCAGCCUAUACGAUUUAUACAGUCCUUCCGGCGGUCAGCCAGAACAGACCUCUAGAGCUAUUAGAUCAAGUGCGAAAAUUAUUUCUGUCCUUUUAAAUUCUUGGCCUGGACUUCUGGCUUUCUCCACCGAGGAUUUCCAAGCGCUUCGAUCCCUUGUAGAUUCCCUUCGGGUUCCGACAUUCACCGCCCGCAAUGAUAUAAUAGACUUAUUUUUGCUAAUUUUUAAAGUCGAUCGUUCGACUGUUCAUGAAACGUGUAUAAUCGCAGGAAAGAAGCAUUUUCCCGCAAAAGGUCAGAAUAUUAUUGAAGAAAUUGAAGCCAGUACCCUCAACUUAUGCGACGGCUCUUACAGAAAAUUUCUAGCUCUAAACCACCAUUUCACGGCUCUCUUAUUAUUCAUCUUUCUGGAAUUGGGUUUAGUAGAAUCAAUUGUAUGUGUGAUUCGUGCUAAUGAUGAUCAAACCCUUUGCAAAAAGGCAACAUAUCUACUUGGUGAAGUAUUACGUCUUUCUGAUCAGUUACUUCCUAUACAGCUAGGUGCUAAGAUUCAGUCGCUUCCCUCCUUAUUCAACAUGGCUUCUAAAUUUACCGCUGAGGAUAGGUUUGUUGCUACUUCAGUCCUUCAAUCAAUCGAAAGCUUGAAUCGUGCCAAAUGCCAGUCGGAAAUAGUUCAUCGUUCAUUUAAUGCCCAUGAGGUAGGCCUGUCUGGGAAUACUUAUAGAGGUCAACGGCAGGUUGAGCAUGUUAAAUUGAAGAUGGGAUUGCAGAUUGAUGAUUCGCAUUUUAGGAACAUGCUGGCGGAGACGAAUGUCCUUACUACAAAAAAUUACCAAAAAUGGAGAUGGGACACGCUAGCACAAAUUAUGGAGGGGCCUCUUCUGAGCCAUAAGAGAAUAGAUGAGACUCUUCGUACAACAAAAUUCAUUAAAAGACUAUUGUCUUUUUAUAAGCCUUUUUCAGACCGCUUUUCAUCCAUAAAAAAUACUACGGCUAAUCAUAAGUAUAUAAACGUCGGGUGUUUGGUGUUCAAGACGCUUUUGGCAAACCCCGAAGGGGUCAAAUAUUUAUCAGAAAGUAAACUUAUAAAACAAAUUGCUGAAGCUUUAUCACAACUAGACGAAAAUUCUGGCCAAGUCGCGAAUCCAAUUUUUUCUAAGCAACGCUUACAAACAACUCUUGUGCAUGGUUAUUUUUCAAUGCUUAAAGUUCUUUCAAGUCAAAAAGAAGGGCAUGCUAUUUUGGAACGUUGGAGGAUAUUUACAACUUUAUAUCAUCUUGCUGAAAUUCGAAACAGAGAUGAUUUAUUAAUUUGUUUUUUAACGAAUGUCGAUUAUCGAUUGGAGGGCCACAGCAGAAUUAUAUUCUCAAAAGCGUUAAGCACGGCGCAACAAAGCGUUCGAUUACGAGCAACACGACAUCUGUUGACGUUAAUUAAUUCAGAAUCAGGAAACGACAACUUGAAUCAUUGGGCUAUCUCGCUGCUGAUAUUUCAAUUGUAUGACCCCUCUUUAGAAGUUUGUCAAAUUGCUGUGAAAGCGUUAGAUGAUGUAUGUGCUAAAAAUGAAAGCUUGCUUGCUCAAGUAGUUCAGUUACAACCAUCUUUGGCUCAUUUAGGUGACAUAGGCUCACCUUUGUUAUUGAGAUUUUUGGCUACCACUAUCGGCUUUCAUUACCUUUCCGAAAUUAGUUUUAUUGAGCACGAAUUAGAUAAUUGGUACCACCAUCGAAACGAAGUCUAUGUUGAUUUAAUAGAACAAAAUGGAUUUUUGACAUUUAUUUCUAGCAUGGAUAUUGCUAACGCAGAAUUUACAACAAAUGGAGAUGAUAUUCUUCCAUUACAUUUCUAUGGAGAAUUAGUGAAAUCGCCAGAAGGUUGCUCGGUUUUAGAAAGCAGCGGACACUUUGCUUCCUUCAUGGACAUUUUAAAACAGUAUGACGGAAGUACAGAUUUGUUACGCAUUCGUCGUCUGAAAAGUGCAUUAUGGGCAAUUGGAAAUAUAGGAAAAGCCGAGACAGGUGCUUAUUUCCUUGAAGAGCAUGAUUCAGUACCUCUUAUUGUUAAAUUCGCCGAAGAGUCCUCUAUUCCUACUGUGCGUGGAACAGCAUUCUUUGUUUUGGGUUUAAUUUCGAGGACGGGUCGCGGUGUACAAAUUCUUUCGAACUUGCAUUGGUAUAGUUUAAUGUCGUUAAUGGGGACAUCCCAGGGUGUUUGUAUCCCAGUGCACGCAUGUCAAGUCUUGUCGGUUCCAGGAAAGGGUGCUGAUCACCUAAAUGAUAGAACUUUUACAUACCCUCCAUCAUCACUAGAUGAAACCCUAACAAACACUGAAAAGGAAGUGAUCAAAUGUAUUUCUAAUUUGUCAAAUCAUGUUUUGGCAAAUGAGGCAGCUCGUCAGUUGACGAAAAUCCGAUCUAAAAGCCCGCGACUUUUCUUGUCCAAGCGCCUUGCCAAGUUUUGUUUCAGUAUUCUAGAGCAGUACCAUUUUCGUGUUCAGAUAUUGCAAUUUAUUUAUGAAUUGUUUCCCCAUUCCGCUCUUUUGGCGUUUGUUGAGACGAAUGAAUUACCGCCGAGAAGCUCGGGGUCUAAUUCCUCUGCUGUAUCUUGAAAUUUUUUUGGGAUAUUCGAGUUCUUAAUUUUGUUUUCUUGUACUUGUAUAAUUUCACUUGACAUUUCAUUGUCGUUUUAGUUAUUUGUCAUAUAUCAUUCUUUAUAGUUAGUCUUUUAUGAAUAUGUUAAUCGUUUUUUCACCUUGG